AUGGCUCACCGUCGGUGGCUCUUCUCAACGGCGACGGUGCUCUUUGUCGAUGGCUCUCCGCGAUUCGCUCAGGAUCCCGUAGUUGGGAAUGAGCAGAAGUCAGAGGCGUUCUGGAAGAGAAUUGCAUCAUACUACUCGGCGUCGCCUAAGCUCUCUGGUUGUGAAAAAAGGUCAGGAACUCAGUGCAAGCAACGUUGGCACAAGCUUAAUGAUUUGGUUUGUAAGUUUUGUGGGGCGUUUAAAGCAGCAACCAGAGAGAGAAGCAGUGGUAUGAAUGAUACUGAUGUGCUCAAAUUGGCCGACGGAAUCUUCUUCAACAACCAUCAAAAGAAAUUCACUUUAGAGCAUGCGUGGAAGGAGCUUCGCGCAGAUGAGAAGUGGUGUGAACUCUCCACAGCAAAAACAGUAAGCAGCUCCAAAAGGAGGAAGCUCGAGGGUGGUUCACAUACUGGAAGCUCUCAAGUAAAGGGAAACAAUGCUGGUGUUGACGAUGACGUAACAUGUCGUCCUGCGGGUGUGAAGGCUGCAAAAGCCCGUGGGAAGAAGCCGUUGGUUGAGGAUAAAGAGAUCUAUGACUUCAAGACUAUUUGGUAG